AUGCCUCCGCUCAGCACCGGGAGAGGUUCUCCAAGAACCUUCCCCGGAGCUUCCCGCCCUCCCCUCCCUCUGCCAGCGUGGGUAGGAUUGCUGCCGCGGCCGCCGGGGAGGGUCGCCCGGGCUCCCGCAGCGCGAGCUCAAGUCCCGCGGGCCAGUAUAGGGACAGGGUCCCGCGAGGUGGCGCGGGGAGGGCUGAGGGCGAGAGGAGGCGGGCCCCCUGCGGCCGGGGUGGAGCCAAGAGCAGAGCCAGAGGAGGAGGCCAAGGCACUCCCAGCCAUGGGCCCGGAGUGCGGGGGACCCAGGGGGUCUCCCAUGCUGCUGCUGCUGCUGCUGCUGCUGCAGCUGCUGCAGCUGUUGCUUCCUGCGUGGCCCCUGCGGAGCGCCCCGAGGUUUCCAGAAAAUGUCCCUGGAGAGCCAGUUACGCCCCACAGGAUCCUGGAUGGAGGACUCUGGCUCAAGGUCACACUGGAGGAGCUGAUCUUGAAGCCAGAGGUGAUGCUGGUGGCUCUGGAGGCUGAAGGCCAGGAUCUCCUGCUUGAACUGGAGAAGAACCACAGGCUCCUGGCCCCAGGAUACACAGAAACCCACUACAGCCCAGAUGGGCAUCCGGUGGUGCUGUUCCCCAACCAUACGGAUCAUUGCCACUAUCGUGGGCACGUGAGGGGCUUCCUGGAAUCCUGGGUAGUCCUCAGCACCUGCUCUGGGAUGAGUGGCCUGAUUGUGCUCAGCAGCAAUAUCAGUUACUAUCUGCACCCCUGGGCUCCUGGGGACGCCAAGGACUUCUCAACCCACAAGAUCUUCCGGAUGGAGCAGUUAUUCACUUGGAGAAGGACCUGGAGAGAGAAGAACUCCAAAUACAAAGCAGGAAUGGCCAGUCUUCCUCACGUCCCCCAGAGCAGGGUGAAGCGAGGGGGUCGCAGGAGUUCCAGGUACCUGGAACUGUACAUAGUGGCUGACCACACCUUGUUCUUGGUCCAGCACCAGAACUUGAACCACACAAGACAGCGCCUCCUGGAAGUUGCCAAUUGCGUGGACCAGAUUCUCAGGUCUCUGGAUAUUCAGGUGGUAUUGACCGGCCUGGAAGUGUGGACGGGACAGGAUCGCAGCCGCAUCACGCCGGAUGCAAACGCAACCCUCUGGGCUUUCCUGCAGUGGCGUCGUGGACUGUGGGCUAGGCGGCCACACGACUCCACGCAACUGCUCACGGGUCGCACCUUCCAGGGCACCACGGUGGGCUUGGCGCCUGUGGAGGGCAUGUGCAGCUCAGAGAGCUCCGGAGGUGUGAGCACAGACCACUCGGAACUCCCCAUCGGCACGGCAGCCACCAUGGCCCACGAGAUAGGCCACAGCCUGGGCCUCCGCCACGACCCCGACGGCGGCUGCUGCGCGGAGGCAGACGCAGAGCGGGGAGGCUGCGUCAUGGAGGCAGCCACAGGGUACCCGUUCCCGCGCAUCUUCAGCGCCUGCAGCCGCCGCCAGCUGCGCACCUUCUUCCGCAAAGGGGGUGGCGCGUGCCUCUCUAACACCCCGGGCCCCGGGCUCCUGGUGCUGCCCACCCGCUGCGGAAACGGCUUUGUGGAAGCAGGAGAAGAGUGUGACUGCGGUUCUGGCCAGAAGUGCCCAGACCUCUGCUGCUUUGCUCACAACUGCUCCUUGCGUGCGGGGGCGCAAUGCGCCCACGGUGAUUGCUGUGCACAGUGCCUGCUAAAGCCCGCAGGCACGCCUUGUCGUCCCGCUGCGAGAGACUGCGACCUCCCCGAGUUCUGCACGGGCACCUCCCCGCAUUGUCCGGCAGACAUUUACCUACUGGAUGGCUCACCCUGCGCCAAGGGCCGUGGCUAUUGCCUAGACGGCUGGUGUCCAACGCUGGAACAGCAGUGCCAGCAGCUCUGGGGACCUGGAUCCCAGCCUGCCCCCGAGCCCUGUUUCCAGGAGAUGAACUCUAUGGGGAAUUCGCAGGGGAACUGUGGUCAGGACAGCAAGGGCAACUUCCUUCCCUGUGCACGGAGGGAUGCUCAGUGUGGGAAGCUACUGUGCCAGGGUGGGGAGCAAAACCCAUUUGUGCGGCGGCGGCAGCGUGUAGUGACUAUGGAUUCCACAGUUCUCCUCGAGGGUCGCGAGGUGGCUUGCCGGGGAGUAUUUGUGCUCCCUGAUACUCAGCUGGACCAGCUUGACUUGGGCCUGGUGGAGCCAGGCACUCGCUGUGGACCUAAAAUGGUGUGCCAGGAUAGGCACUGCCAGAAUGCUACCUCCCCGGAGCUGGAGCGUUGUCUGACUACCUGCCAUAACCAUGGGGUUUGCAAUAGCAAUCAUAACUGCCACUGUGCUGCAGGCUGGGACCCGCCCUUCUGUGACAAGCCAGGCCCUGGUGGUAGCAUGGAUAGUGGCCCUGCACAGCCCGCAAACCAAAAUGCCUUCCCACUGGCCAUGCUCCUCAGCUUCCUGCUGCCUCUGCUCCCUGGGGCUGGCCUAGCCUGGUGCUACUACCAGCUCCCAACACUCUGUCCGCGACCCCCGUGGUGCUGCAGGAGGGACCCCAUAUGCCACAGGCCCACGGAUGGCCCCUGCAGGGACAACCCCCCGGGCAGUGUUCACCCCCUGGAGUUUGGCUCCAUCAUCCCUGGAGAGCCCACACCUCUGGGCCCUGAGAACUCUGUGGUUACCUAAGAACCACCCUAAGAAGCUUGUGCCAUGCAUACCUGCCUGAACCUCACGGUAGGUGAGGGACCCUGACCAGUGCCCAGUCACCAACCCUUUUUUCAGCUUGUUGCCUACUACUCAGAUUUAUGGGCUUGUACAAUAAGGAAAUGAGACAUGAGCCCCUAGGGAAGCUCUUGUCCAGGAGACCAGGAUGCUGGAAGCCCUAAAGUCAGGGAAGAGAGAAGCUAUGGUUUUUCUUAGGUCUUCACUGAGGGAGGACAAGUGGGCCUUGCCACAUGACUGGCAGCCUCAGGCCCCAGCCCUCAGUGAAUGACCCUUCUCCCUGCUACUUCAUUCUUGGCACAAGUCCAGAAGCCAAGAUCCUGUGUCUGGAGAGGGGGACCUCCUGAGGCUGGGAGACAAAGACAGGUGACCACUGCCACUCCAGGAACUGGGCUCCAGGGGCAUCACCAGCAAGUCAGAUGAACUCUUGUACUUCUGAUGGGCCGGAUGCUAAGCUCUACCCUACUCACCCCAGGAACCCCAGAGCCAUACCAUAUCUGAGAGCUAUGAUAUUCUGAAAUGUCAGAAUGUAUCUAGACAAUAAAUUCACAAGCUAUA